AUGGCUGAAAAUACUCUCAUUCAACAAGCGCUCGAUUUAUUUGAUAGCGAACGGUUGUUGGAAGCAUAUCACUUACUCAUGGAUAAUGAAAUUGACGUUACAAAUGUUGAGUCUCCUAGUAGUAAUAAAUCAAUACUACCUUCGGAAAUAACUCAAAAAUUAAAACAAAUUAUUCAUGAUGGAAAAUUGGCAGAGCAAGUCAUGAGAGAAUUUAAUUCGGAUGAUGGUUGGAAAUUGUGUGUUGAAAAAGACAAGAUGCAAAGUUUUUACAAGGACAAUGGAAGAGGAAUGCAUGCCGUCAAAGUUCAAGGACAUAUUUCAGCUCCGAUUUUUCAAGUGCUGUCCAUAUUUUAUGAAGUGGACCUUUACAAAUCAUGGGUACCACAGAUGAGAGAAUCCUUAAUAAUUCAUAAAUUGGCCAAGUACAGAUUUCUUUCAUAUUUUUCGUUCGAUUUACCGUGGCCAUUUAGCUCCAGAGACUUAAUUUCGUAUGCUUUUGCGGUUGACAAGCUUGAAACAGAUGGAUCAAUUAUGGUAGCCGUUAAAGGUGUGACAUCAAAAUCGUUGCCACAACACAAAGAUAUAAUUUCCAAGUUUGAAAAGCCAAAUAAUGUAUGUGCAGAGUGCGAAUAUUCUGGUUUUCUUGUAAAAUAUAUUUCUCCAGAGGAGACUUAUGUACAAAUUGUGGGAAGUAUUGAUCCAAAAUUGUCCUACGUACCUUAUUGGUUCAUUAACAUGGUGACAGAUCAUGCAUCAUAUCUGAGCAUGUUGAAAUUGAGAAACGUUUCCGCAAAAGUUCCUGAUUCAGAAUAUCAAAAACGAAUCGACACUAAUGACACAAUAUACGGAGACAUUAAGAGAAGAUUAGAAUCGCAUGUCGAAUAA